AUGAAGUCCUAUAUACACUACGCCGUUCUCCUCCUUGCAGCUCCCUUGGUGACCGCGAAGAAGACCAACCUGCAAUGGGCGAUAUGUGAUUCAGACCCUCAGACGGUUCUUCGAAAGCUGGGACUGGGAACACCCGACCCUUACAAGGAGAAUCCGAUCACCUACUAUGACACACAACCCCCGGUCUACAUCUCCGAUGGCCUCAUGUUCCGCACCAAGACCUCAAAAGGCGAAAACAUCUCCACGGUGAAAGUACGAUUCCAGCAGGAAACCUCCGAUGUCCCCGACUCCGCUGAGUGUGUCUGGGAUCGCUACGGUGAAAAUCCCACGUUUACCUGCGAGAAGCGAUGUCCCUUGCGGGAAUCUAGCAUCUGGUGCGACCAACAAGUCGAGCUCGCGGAACAUUACAAAACGGUCAACUGGGAGGAGCUUACGAAUUAUGGUCCGUAUCACAAUGCCAAGUGGAAGAUGCGGAUCGAAGGUUAUAAAGCCAAGUUCGAUGACGUCGCCGCCGGCUCACUGCACCUGAUGGAAAUCGAGGCCAAAAUACCCAAAAAGAAGGCAGAUAAGGCUUAUGAGACAGUGACUCAAUACUUGAAAAGCCGUGGGAUUGUAUUGUGUGACCCACAAGAAGGGAAAACUGCCAGGCUCUUCCGCGCCAUGGGCUACAUUGAGGAUAGGGGAGACGAUCUUUAA